UGUACUUUUUAGGGUCCUAAGCUGACUCUGUACCUUUUAGGGUCAAUUUUCGAACAACGGGAAGAAAAAUCGAAGAAGUGUUACAGCCGUUACGGAUAACACGUAGGGAGUCGAACGAAAAAUCCUGCUGGAUUCAUGACUCUUUACAUGAGACUUUACACAAUACACACUUGAUGUCAGUGAUCCACCUAGAAGAAAGUCAAAACAUCGGUCUUUGACAGAAUUGAAGAUCGGGGAAAGUAGGAACUAGAUUGAAACCGCCAGACAGCUGCUCAAACUAAAUACGUCAUGAAGCACGCCGCCUAUUAAAGCACAUUGAACAAGCCUGUACAUCAAAACUAGAGUCURAUAGUUCACACUGACCAACUCUCCACAAAUUAAUUCCAAAGAUGACAACAACUUGCCCCUAGCGAAAGGCUCCCUGGCGAGACAUUAUGAAUUAUAGUACGAAAUUCUGAUCGCUACAAUAACUUAUUUUUGUGCAAGAUUAGCAUUAACUCACUUUUGGUGGCGAGAGUGUUGGUUUCUGAUACUGGAAUUCCUAUAGCAAUGAUAUACCUUAGUAGCACAAAGGCCAGUCAACUAAUCUGUACUGGAGUGUCUGAGUUCUGCAUUGGAGGAGUAAUUUUAGGACUUGCUUAUACUAUUAGCUUUGGAAAGUAUGAAUUAACAUCAAUUGUUGGAAAAGGGUGUCCAUUUUGGGCUGGAAUACCGACAGUUGUCACUGGAAUAAUUGGAAUUAUCACUGGAAUUUACAAAAGGAAAAUACUGCUGAAGGUGUUUUUGGGCCUGUCCAGCAUGUGUCUUGUGCUUGGAGUUCUAGUAACUGCCGUCGUCGGACUCAUGCUGAAUGAUUGGCGCACAAGAGGACAAUGUAGAUUUGCGUUCUGCUCUUUCGACGAACCUUCAAUUUUGCUAAUUAUCCUCGUGAUUUGCUGGGUAUUGAUGUCCAUUAUGGCGUUAACUGGAAUCUUAGAGGCAUGUUUCCCACUGGUGUGCCACGACGAGCAUUCAGUCAGGAAUACAGCUCUACAAAAUGGUUAUCCAAAAAGACUAGAUAACUACGGCUCUCAAGACGGAGCUCAAUUAGACAUCGGAUUACGGCAGCCAUUACAAACAACUGUGUAAACUUAUGGAGAAAUACUACAUGCAAAUGACACUAGUUAUAGAUGACUAUAAGGAAGAAGGUGGAGUUCCAAGUUUCGAACGACUGUUCAAAAAAACCGAUCCAGGUCGUAAAACCGAAGAUUGGGAUUAGAUAGCCUUGCAAAAUGUCAAGUAGAACUCAGGAGGAACUACAAGUUGACGAGCUAUAGUUUGCCAUGACUAUCCCUAUAGUCUUAAUGCCGAUCACUGGGACUGCUGACUGGAAUUCAAAUAACACAGGAGUCCAAGACUAUCACAGACGCUUAUGAUAAGAUACGUUUCUGCUGUUCAGUUGAAGUUGAGUGGGGAUCAUAUUUAGAUCUCGGGAGAAGAGUACUGAGAUGCUCAGCGGUGCGGCGUACGGGAUUUUAUUCACGAGUUGUUUGUAUAUCMUUGAAUGAACGAGCGAGUUUAUGAUGCAAAGAACGAGUGAAUAAAAUCCUGUACGCCGCACUUUCCAUGCUAUAAUCUGUUUAUUAUAUAUAUAAAACGAGACUUUCAUUCGGCAUACCUUUUAAUAAGCUUGUGCAACUAUCAUGAGAAAUAAACUCAAUACAUAAGCUAAAGCUUACGUAGAUAAGGGCCUGUUCACACUGUAACAUAAGCAGAAGCGGAAGAAUUGCAUUUGGUAUGUGUGAACCGGGGAAAACAGAAGCAGAGACAGAAGCAGAUGAAAAUGAAAACUUUUUCAUUUUCUUCUGCUUCUGCUUAUGUGAACCGGGACAUCAUAAGCAAAAGAACAUGCUUCCGUCAAGUGUGAACAAGCUUCUGCUUGAUAAUAAACUUUAUAUAAAGCUCACAAAUAAAUAACAAAAUUGACAGUUCUAGUGUACGUAAAAACUCCACUGAAGCUGUAAAAACGUGUACAGGUUAAGACAAUAGAUAAAAGUUUUUCGUCCAGAAAGAACCUACUUCGUGGUCUGUACACGAGACACCGCGCUGCAAUUUCCUUCUUCAUUGGAGCUGAUUUUGCUUGGCUAUACAAGUACAUCUCUUGUCUUACUAAAGUCCAUGCUUUCAUGUUCCUUUUGGAUGACAAAACUGAACUUAAUUUUCAUGAAGAAAAACCAUCGUACUUUGCUUUAGCUAUGUUUGCUUUCCUGUUCACUAAUAAACUUGUCAAAUGUGGAAUUUUGAUCAACAAACACA